AUGUCGGCGGACGACCAGCAGUUCCUGGACGUUCUGUCCUCGCUGCCCAACCACAUCCGCAAGUACUCGGACGAGUUCGCGAACCUGAUCAACCCGCACGUCGAGAAGGCCGCCGAGGUCGUCAGAGAGACUCUGUCCACCACAGAAUGGAUUCCCGACUCCGUGCGUCCGAGCCCACCCGCCCGCCACAUCCCCAUCGAGGUGAUAGCCGUCAGCCGGUACGAGAGGAUCUCGGAUUGGGUGUCGAGGAACAAGAUCCUGACGGGCGCCAUGGUGGCCGUCGUCGGAGUGGUGGCAUACCGACAGUACAAGAGCAGCAGGUUCUGCCGUAAGACGCGGCGUGCGAAGCGGGCGAGGAACGGAGGUAGACUCGAAGUCGUCGUCAUCGCUGGCUCGCCCGCCCUGCCCCUCACGAGAUCUCUUGCCCUCGAUUUCGAGAGGAGGGGUUUCAUUGUCUACAUCGUCUGCAGCGCCGAGGAGGACGAGCGUAUGGUUCUCAGCCUGAAGAGACCGGAUAUCCUGCCUAUGGGUAUCGACACCACGGAUCCUCCUAGAGCGGGUGCGGCCAUCGACAGCUUCGCCCAAUACCUCCAGUCUCCCCACGCUCCCGCACCAAAGACCAAGCCGAACUUCUUGCAGCUGAAGUCCGUCAUCCUCAUCCCCUCGCUAAACUACCAAACCUCCCCCAUCGCCACGAUCCCGCCGUCCAGCUUCGCGGACCUCUUCAACACCCACCUCCUGCACCCGAUCCUCACAAUCCAGGCUUUCCUGCCCCUCCUGACGACCCGCCUCAGCCCGCCAGGCGAGAAGUGGACCCCUCCCAAGGUCCUUGUCUUCACCCCAUCCAUCAUCUCCUCCAUCAACCCACCCUUCCACGCCCCGGAGGCCACCGUCUCCUCCGCCCUGUCCGCCUUCACCGAGGUCCUCACCGCGGAGCUGCGGCCGUUGGGCAUCCCCGUGACCCACGUCCAGUUGGGCACCUUCGACUUCUCCGGCUUCCAGCCCUCCAAGCAGAUGCACCCUUCGCAGCGUGGCCUGCUGGAGGGCGGCGCCCCGGGUCCCGACGCCGACGCCACCGAGACCCUCAUGUGGCCCGAGAACGCCCGCCACGCCUACGGCCGCAACUUCGUGGUCCAGAGCACCUCCGCCAUCUCGGCCGGCCGCAUCCGCGGGCUCAAGGGCAGCAACCUGCGUCACCUGCACAACGCCGUCUUCGACGUCAUCGACGGCUCCAUCACCAGCGGCACCGUCCGCGUCGGCCUCGGCGCCGGCGUCUACGGUUUCGUCGGCAAGUGGGUGCCCCGCGGCCUCGUCUCGUGGAUGAUGGGCAUCCGCCGCGUCGACGAGCUGUCGGCGUGGCAGACCAGCUCCUACGACGGCUCGCUGGACGGCAGCAGCGAGAGCGGCGAGGGCACCGACUUCGUCGCGGUCCCCGACGAGGGGGCCAGCAACGUGUGGAGCAAGUCCUAG